UAAUUUAAUGAGCAGACAUCAUAAAAAACAGGAAGAGAAUAUUGAACCAGCAAUUAAACAAAUGCAAUUUAGAAAAAGAAGAGGAGAAAAAAUGAAUUAUUUAAUGAAACGUGAAUUACCAGAAGAAGAUGAUUUUUGGAAUAAUAAUAAAUAUUUUAAUUAAGAAAACAUUGAUGAUGAUGAAUCAUAUCACUAAAAAGAAAACUAGAAAGAAGACAGUUUUGAUUCAGAUUUUGUUGAUUCCUCAGAUUCAUCAGAAUCAGAAGAUGAUAAUCAAUCUCAUAAAUCCACUACAAAAAAGGUUGACAAAGAAAAAACUAGAGUUAUUCGUAAUGUUAGUAAAACAUCUUACAUUCACGAUCAUUUUAAUUAAGAAUAUUUAAUAAGAGAAGCUGUCUAAACAGAAAUGCGCAAUAAGUAUAUUUCAAUUUUUUAAUUAGGGUUUCUCUAUAAUAUCUAAUUUAAAUUGAAGAGGAUAAAAAAAAAAUAAAAGUAGAAAGAGAUAAUGUGAUAGAUGGUUCAAUUAUACGAUGGUUGGAUAAUCAAAAUGAAAAGACUUUACAAUUUAUUAAUUUUGAAAAGGGAGAAUAUCCAUAACUAUUUCUAAAUAAUAAUAAAAAAAAUGAAAAAUCUCUAAAAACUAAAUACAAAGAUCCAUAAACAGGUAUUGGAUUCUCAACAAUUUAAGAGUUCAAAUCUAUCAAGAGAUAAAAUAAAUUAUAAGAAAAGAUAAACUAAUUGUAAAAGUUAAUGAAUGGAUGA